CAGAUAGACAGUAUUUGACACAGUUAAGUAAGUAAGAUUGAGUGGUCUGCUAUCGAGUUCCUCGCACAAAUUUAUUAUCAUAUUUCACGUGUCUUGACUCGGUUAUUGAGAGGCCGGAAGAAAGGAGAAUUAAUCACAUUAAUACCAGCGUAAAUCCAAGUGAUCAUGGAUGAAGGUAAUACCAGUCAAUCCUGUGAGACCAGCUCUAAAGAAGCAGCUCUUUUGGCCCUAAUGGACAGAAAAGGCUACAGUAUGGUGCAGGAAAAUGGACAAAGAAAAUUUGGUGGUCCACCUCCAGGUUGGGAGGGCCCUCCUCCUCCACGUGGCUGUGAGGUGUUUGUUGGUAAGAUCCCGAGAGACAUGUAUGAAGAUGAACUGGUUCCUGUCUUCGAGAGGGCUGGUAACAUUUAUGAGUUCCGUCUGAUGAUGGAGUUCAGCGGGGAGAACCGUGGUUACGCCUUCGUCAUGUACACCAACCGUGAGGCUGCCCAACAAGCCAUCCAGCUCCUUGACAACUACGAAAUCCGCCCGGGAAAGUUCAUAGGAGUGUGUGUGAGUCUGGACAACUGCCGUCUGUUUAUUGGAUCCAUCCCGAAGGACAAGAAAAAAGAGGAGAUCCAAGAGGAGAUGAUGAAGGUGACUGAAGGAGUGGUGGAUGUCAUUGUGUACCCCAGUGCAGCGGACAGGACAAAGAACCGUGGCUUUGCCUUUGUUGAGUAUGAAUCCCACAAGGCGGCUGCUAUGGCUCGCAGGAAGCUUAUACCAGGAACGUUUCAGUUGUGGGGCCACACCAUUCAGGUUGAUUGGGCAGAACCAGAAAAGGAACUGGACGAGGAAACCAUGCAGCGAGUGCGAGUCCUGUAUGUCCGUAAUCUCAUGCUGAACACUACAGAGGAGACGCUCCGCUCCGAGUUCUCGCACGCGAAGCCCGGCGCCGUUGAACGCGUUAAGAAGCUGACGGACUACGCAUUCGUCCACUUUUAUAACCGCGAGGAUGCUUUGAGCGCGCUCGAAACUAUGAAUGGAAAAGUUAUCGAUGGCUCACCCAUCGAAGUCACCCUCGCCAAGCCUGUCAGCAAGGAUGCAAACAGAAGAUCUGGACAACGAGGCAGCAGCAACGGAUCAUCGGCCAGUGGAAGCUAUUGCGAUUUCAACUUCUUGUACCAGAGUAAAGAUGAAGUGAAAGCGGGAAUGAUCAGCGAUGGGUUAACUUCACGCACGCUCGGCUUGUCACCGCACUUGGGAAGCCCGUACGCAGCGGACUCGGAUCGCUGCGUGUAUCCGUUUCUGCCGGGAUCCACUCUGGUCCCUGUCAACCUGAGUAUCCUGAAGCCUAGUCAGCUGAGUUCAGCUGUGUCACUGCUGGAUUACUACUGCCACAAGAAUGACUGGUCUCCACCGGAGUAUCACCUGUACUCCCUAGGAGGACAGGAGGGGAAAACGCUGCUCAUCUACAAAGUGGUCAUCGGCAGGAGCAGCUAUAUGCCUGAUAAAGUCUGCUCUAUACUGGAGGAUGCAAAAGAGCUUGCUGCUCAAAAUGCGCUAUGGAACCUGGAUUGCUCCGUCACUUGCCCUGGCUCUCCUGUGAAUCUGUCUCCUCCUGCACCUUCUGGCUCCAGUUUCCUGUCUUUUGGCUGUAGAUCUGUGCCGUACCCAGCCUACCCCAUGGCGCCCAUCUCACCUCCCUUACCCAUCUCCUGCUCGCCCGCCCAAAGACUCUUUAUCCCGAACCAGUCAUCGUUUCUGUAGUAAACCAAUUCAGAUACUUAUGUCCCUGAGUUUUAUUGAAAUGUUCAUAUGUUAAGUUAUUAUUAUGGUUUAGCAUACUAGCUAUUUCAUUAAAUCAGAACUAGUUUACUUUUAUUGCGUUUUUAAGUACAUGUUUACAUUCUGGUUGAUUGGUUCAAUUUCGGUUUAAAUGUUUAUUUUCCAAGUCGCCUUAACUAACUUUUUGUCUUAAGACGUUAUUACCUUAGGUAAAACAAAAAAGACUGUUUAUUUGUUGAUGUUAUAUCACCAAUUGAAUCUAGUAAUACAGACUCUAAUAAUAUUAAUUAAAAGAUUCAUUUUUCCAAUAAUGAGAUAUAGGCUAGGUAAUGUUGGUUUUUAAAUUCGUGUUAAAUUUCCCUGGCACAUUAAAUUUGCUGAUUUAAUUGGUAAUUAUAACUCAUUGUUUAUGUAUUAUGUCUUUGAGUCUGAAGUUUCGGUUAACUUUUCAAUGCAUAGCAUUGUUCUGAUGCCCAAACAAUAUAACCACUUUACAGUCAAACAUGCUAUUAUGUUUGUGGUUUGCACAUAUUUACGUAAUACAUAGGCACCCCCAAAUUUGACUAUUAAAAAUAAAAUGUAUGGCUCCCGUA